AGCUGAGUUCGCCUUGGAGAAUGCCAAAGCAGACAAUCUUUAGAGUGCCUCACCAACUGCGCGAGGUAAAUAAAAAAGCUUAUGAACCUUAUGUAAUUUCUAUUGGUCCAUACCAUCACGAUAAAGAUUACUUGAAGGAAAUGGAAGAACGAAAGGUGCGAUCUUUAAAUUGGCUUCUUCAAUGGACAAAUCAGAGUGUUCAAAUAUAUCUAUCAGAAAUAGGAGAUAUGGUGGAAAAAGCUCGUGAUUGUUAUUCAGAACCUGUAGAUAUUUCCAAGGAAGAAUUUCUAGAAAUGAUGAUCCUCGAUGGAUGUUUUAUUAUUCAGUUUUUUAUGGGAACCUUGAGAGAAUAUCCUUUCUGCAACACCAGUCUGAUCAGGACAAGCAUUUUGCAUGACGUGGCUCUAGUUGAGAAUCAACUCCCCUUUUUUGUACUAUGUAAGUUAUUGGAUAUAAUCCCAAGAACAUUCUUCCUCCAGUUGGAGGAUUCUACAGAUCCAAAAGGCUGGUUUAUCAGUCAGUUACUUAAAAGGUUUGAAGGGAGAAUGCCAGGGCUCAGGGUUGACAGAACCUAUAAUGACGAUUCCAUGAAAAAUGUCAAGCAUAUAGGACACUUAUUACUCUCCAAUUGGCAUCCUUCAGACAAAGCAAUGGAUAAAUACCGUGAGCAGCCAACAGAUGGAAAAUGGAAAUUCAUACGUUCCGCUACAGAACUAAGAGAGGCAGGAAUUGACUUCAAAAAGGUUGAAACAGGAGGGAAUGAGAGCUUAUUUGACAUCAAGUUUGAAAAAGGGACACUAGAGAUGCCAACUGCGAGAAUUGCUGAUUCAACAGAGAGUUUGUAUUGUAACCUCAUUGCCUGUGAACAGUUGGACAUUAUUAAUACAACAUUCUUAACUGAUUAUGUGGUGCUUAUCAAUUCCCUAAUCAACUCAGGGAAGGAUGUGGAGUUACUUUGUAAGAGUGGGAUAAUCGAUAAUUGGUUAGGCGAUGAUGAAGCAGUUGCGGUUAUGUUCAACAGGCUUGGAGAUUAUGUCGAUUUAAUGCCAAAACUAUUUUUUUAUGCCAAGUUAUUUGAUGACGUCAACAAGCAUUACGAAAAACGUUGGAAUAGAUGGAAGGCAAACAUAAGGCACAAGUAUUUCAACACUCCAUCGGCUUUAAUCUCCUUUCUUGCUGCAACUUUGUUGCUUCUACUUACAGUGCUACAAACAAUAUUUACCAUUUUCUUCAAUUCUUAAAAUUUGAAAGGGCAAGAGACUCAAGAUCAAAAGUGAAUUUGCAAGUGUUACAUGGACUAAUGGAAAGGGUUUGCUACUUUGGAUUUUUGAAAUAACCGUAUUGUAUUGUAUUGUAUCUUGCUUUUUAAGGUUUGUUUUAUUGGGUUUCUUUAAGCUUGUAAGUUACGGUAUAGUAUUAUAUUGUACCCUAUUGUCACCGAGUUUUCUUUAGGUUUGUUUUGUUGGAUUUCUGUAAGCUUGUAAGUUGUGAGAGCUCUGUUAUUGAUUGUUGUUGCUUAGAUUUGUUUCAAAUUUGCAGUGUAUUGUUUCAUUAUGUCUAUCAAAUAAAUUUAGAUUUUAAAC